CCCCAAAAAUAGAAUUACAACAUCUUUUCCCGAAGCUACGGUAUCUCAAAUCAAGACCUUUGAGUCCGUCUGCGGAACGUCAGACUAUCUGGAGCGAUACAUCAUUGUCUUCUGAAUAUAUCGCACCAUGUCUGCUGUUGGAAAAGAGUCUGCAAAGACGCUCUAUCGCAGUAUAUUACGGGCUCACAAACGGUACCUCCCACGCGAAAUGAAGGGUCUUGGCGACUCCUACGUCAAAUCCGAAUUCAACAUGUUCAAAAAAGUUACAAACGAAGGGCAAUUAAAGCAAUUUUAUACAGAAUGGAAUCGUUACCUUGACCAACUUUUACAGACAGCUAGAACAAAACAGUCUGUCUCGGCGGGAUCUCUCGAGUUGUCGUCGGACCACGCGUUUGGGAAGCAUCUACCUGCCGACGUUAGUCUUACAGACGAACAAGCGAUCCAGUUGCAGAAACUAAAAGAAGAAACGAAGCGAGCUGGACUUCCUGAUCACUAAUUAGAAAUGAAUGUGGGUAUAGAGGUUGACGAUAAUUCAUUUACUACUGUACGAUAAACAAUCGAAACCUCUAAGAAUCUAUACCCAUUGAAAAUCUGUUUUCGCAUCCGACCUCGUCUUUGUGUACGCCCCUGUAACCAUGUUCAAGGAUAUGAUAUAGCCAUUGAACUGAUACUACGCGCAAACCCCAUUCAAUAGCUUUUUUCUGUUUCAAUCCUGUCGCAGUAUUCUUAAAUACCAGAUGAGUAGUUGCACUGCUCAUAUUGCCGUGGUAUACACCACCGAUAGCACGAAUCAAGUUUAUAAGCAUUGCCUUUUCAGAACCCUGAAAACCAGUCAAGGAUAUCUGAAGCUUUGUCACAGCGUCCGAGUGUUGUCUUCGUUUUCCUCCGACUUCUUCCGAUCUUAGCUUGACAGACUUCAUCGACCAUGACUGUGGCACGAAAACCACAGGCAUGUAUUCUGGUCGGAGUCGUCUUUUCACACUUACACACGUUUGAACCCAGAUAGGAGUGACUAAGAUUAGUUCACAAAGAUUGUGGCGUUUUAGCUGUGAAACAAGCGGAUUUGUGUCGAGUCUUGGCGGGCUUCCUCCCCAACAAACCACGUGGCAUUUU